AUGACCGAAGUCGAAUACAGAAUCCCAAUCCUUGAAGACUCACAACCCGGUCUUGAACCACCACCCCCUAUUCCGGGUAAUCACCCAAUACGUCGGCGUGCCCUAUAUGGCUGGCGGUUCACCUACGACAAGCUCUUCGAAGCGCACGAAGGUCCCGAGGACGGUGACGAGGAUGACGCCCUCGAUAUCAUCUUCGAGGCGGCGAAAUCCGUCAACUUGCUUCACCUCGUCGACGUCUAUGAGGACAUCAUUUGGGUCUCGCGCAACUACCUCAGCCGCUACCGCGGUACCAUACACGCCGGCGGUCUCUCCUUGAUCCCGAAUAGCGAGAGAAUGCGAGCGCUCACAGAUGCCCUCAAGCUAGGAGAGCCUGCGUGGCAUUUCCUGGAGAAGACGUAG